AUGUCUACUAUUGUCAUCGUAUCGACCAUUCCCAAAUCCAAAGUAUUAAACAAUGAAGAACACCUAAGGGUGGACACCCCUAGACACGUAGUACGCGACAAACGGAUAGUCAAAUACGGUUUUACAGGUUGUUACACCAUCACAGAAGACGGGAACCUUCUGUUUAUAGACGGUGAUGAUGAAGUCCGUAAGUUAACAUCAGUCGACACCACACUCUUCACACCAGACAGAAGAGCACUCUGUAUCCACUCCUCCCGUAUUAAUGGCGAUAUACUGGUGGGGAGUUAUGAGAAAGUGACGAAGUACGACAGGACAGGACGGAAUCCUCGGGUCAUUAAGAAGGACGACAAGGGACAAAGUCUGUAUGGAGUACCAGCAUACAUCACGGAGAACAAGACCGGAUACAUCUGGACUUCUGAAUGGAGAACGAAAGCAGUAUUAGUGGUGGUGGAUAAAUCAGGACGCCGUCGGUUUAACUACAAAGGUCGUCCGUAUGACCACUCAGGUCAUCAACCUGUCUUUUAUCCAACAGGAAUCUGCACUGAUGUCCACGGACACGUAUUGGUGUGUGGUUAUAACAAUAGCAGUAUCCAUUUCCCGGAUCAGGACGGCCAGUUCCUUUCUCUACUGCUUACACAAGACCAACAUGGAAUGCGUGUGUGGACGACCAACACAAUCUCUAUCUGUGAAAGACGUACAGUUGCAGCUGACACAUACUGCAGCAAAAUUGGUUUUAAAGAUGAAAUUAAUCUGGAAGACAUUUCUUUAAAUCAACCAGAUUCCCUUCCAAGAGAUUGCAAUUCCUAUGCGGUAUUUGACCUAGAAACGACUGGAUUAGGUUUGUGA